AUGAGUCCAAUUUUCACCGAGCGUGAGCGAAUCCAAGUCCUGUUAUCAGAUCUUGGUCUUCUUGCAGUCUUUUAUGCAAUCAAGAUUGCUGUAACAACAAAAGGAGCCGCUUGGGUAACUUGCAUGUAUGGAGUUCCGGUGGUAGGAGUGCAUGUAUUUUUCGUUAUCAUAACGUAUUUGCACCACACCCAUCUAUCGCUGCCUCAUUAUGAUUCAACGGAAUGGAACUGGAUCAAAGGGGCCCUAUCAACAAUUGACAGGGACUUUGGAUUCCUUAAUAGGGUUUUCCAUGACGUUUCACACACUCACGUAUUGCAUCAUUUGAUUUCAUACAUUCCACAUUAUCAAGCAAAGGAGGCAAGGGAUGCAACAUUCCAGUUUUGA